GUACGCCAGCGUGAACACGCACCUCGGCAUCGAGCAGAGCGAGCGUGACGAUCUGGGGGCGGUGGGGCACGGCCGUAAGGCCAACUCCAAGAAGGAAGCGUACGAUAAUAUCAUGUCGAAGAAGAUGCCUACACCGAUCGAGGUCUUGUGCAAACACUUGACCGCCGAGUUCGUGACGUACCUCAACUACUUCCGCAGCCUGCGCUUCGAGGACCGCACCGACUACGCCUACCUGCGCCUCCUUUUCAAAUACCUGUUCUUCCGCGAGGG